UUGUGACGGACGCUCUUACUACGUCUUAGUAUUCACCAAGUGCUUGUUUCGUCAGCAUGUGUGCCUAGAAGCAUCGCUCGUAAAAUGCUGUGUUUCAUAUAGCCGUCCAUCAGCCGCAGUCCUGACGGUGGAUGAAGAAACCUUUUUAACUCUGUGUGAAGAUAAUUGUGCCUAAAGUGACGAUUUAGACCACACCUGCAUCAAGAUGACAUCGUCAACUCUGCUUCGUCUGGUUUGCGUUGUGCUCAUGGUGGCAGUGGAAAUGUCUUUGUCUCGCGCUUCUCCGCAUCCUGAACUAGGGCUCGUCAUACACCCAGCCUUCUCUUCACCAGUUUAUAUCGUAAAGAACCUGGACACGACUCACGAAGACUCUCGGGUGAAGAAAGAGGCGCAGACACUGGUACAGGAUACAGCUUGUGAGCUCAACAUCACGGAAUCAGACUCUAAACUUCAUGAGGUCAAAACUGUGGCGAAGAAGUCCUUCUCGUUCUUUAUUAAACCCGAGACAUCUUUCAAGAAACUCGUGUUCAAGCUGGGUAUGCAGAACAUUUUUCACGUGUCAGAAGAAUUCCAUGCUGACGAAGAAAUAACGCUAAGCUCACAGGAUUUAGCACGUUCAGGAGAUAAGCAGCACUGGACGAAUGUGCGGGUGGAAUAUUACAAGUAUGAACGAAGAGGAUUCGACCGCCAUGGCUUCAAAGUCUCUUUUGGCAAUAUGACGCACAACCAAAUGACGCAAGACUGGUGGUUCUUCAGCGGCUUUAGAAAAUUUACCGUCUUCGCCGAGGGAGCCGCUCAAGUCCUCUUCAACUGUGCCCCGAGCAGCCUGGAAGAGCCCCUUGUGAGCGGCUAUGUGUCCUACAGCAUGUGGGUGAUGGUGGGGCUGCUCAUCGUUGCCAUCUUCCUUCUGGCCUCCCUGUGCAUGGUGUGGGUGUAUCUUCGCCAGCAGAGGGAGAAAAGGAAAGCGCCUGUUUCACCAAUCAAGUACCCAGUGUACGAGGAGUUCGACGAGGUGGUGCUGGAGAAGAUCAAACAAAAGGUGGAGGCGCUGCGCACUGGCAAGAUCGUGAGCGAUGCAGACACGGUGGUGAUGGGUCACGCGCCACGGCAGGAUAACUUUUAUGUGCUGGAGGGAUCGGGUUAUGCAGAGCUGGAAGGAGACGACCCGGAAAAGCACCUUUACGAGGACAUAGACCAGGAUUAUAAGCAGCGAUUUGCGGCAGACAGUGUGUACCAGAGCUUCUCCAACGCCCACAACAGCGACCAAAACACAUACGCUAUCGACAAUAUCUACGAGAGCUUGCCAGGGUACGAGGAGUGUCUGAAAGGGCGAGGAGACGCGACCAAAAUCUCUACUCGUUACAGUUAAAGUUGAUGAGGCGUCUUAGUGCACCAGAUGGGCCUGCCUAGUCUGUCUCGCCCUACUUUCUGCAUCCAAAGGACACUAAAGAUGCUUCAUGUCUCUUUCACCUGCUGAUGCGUUCCGGUGUGCCAUGUGAACCUGCCUGCAUUGCCUUACCUCCCUUUAUAAACGUAAAGGGCUCUAAUGAUUCUUCAAGGCUCCUCCUUCACAUUUAUAGGUGCUUUGUGCUUGAUUGACCUGCCUUCCGUGUGUCGCCUCCUCCUACAUACUAAGAACUGCAGGAAUUCUUCAGGACUCCUCUUUCACAUUCUGAGGCAUCCUGGUGUUUCUGAUUGACCUGCCUGCGCUCCCUUUAUUAACUACCUACAUGGCAAGGACUUUUUCAUGCUUCCGUUACCUUCCCUUUACCACGCAGUCUCUCCUUUUUCAAACUCCAAAGAUCCUUUCAAACCCAUUUUUCACCAUUAAGAACACUCUAACCGGUCUUCGAUUCCCCCAAACUUCGUUAAAUCCUCUCCUUUAAUCUUCUUCGCAUCCUGCUACACACUCCCACUGCUCUAGUAACCUGAAACCUUCCCUGUAAUGUCCCUCCUCCUCAUAUUGGUGAAGGACUCCAACGAUCUUUCAAGACUCUCCCUUCACCUCCUAUAACACAUUCUUCUUCUGCUCUCUAAACCUUAUUCUUAGCACCCUUACCUCUUCCUACGUGAACAAAAUUCCAGUUAUUAUUUAACUCCCAGCCGCAUCCUGCUGCUUUGUCUUAAAGUUCGUCUCCUCUAAGACUUUCCCUUAUCACCUCCUCUUCUUCUUCCCUCUCUGCCUCCUCUCCCUGUUCUUUGUCCCCGUUUUCCUCCAGUCCCUACACCCCUCAUCCUCAUCCUUCAGCUGUUCAUUAAAACAAUAGCAAGUGUAGCCUGGUAUGGUAUGACCUAACACAUUCGACAUAAUUGUCUGCACAGUGACUCAUGUAUCCAUCUGUUCCAUAUUGUCACAUUAAUAAAGCAUUUCACUAAGUUAACUCUGUGCUUCCAAGUGUUGUGUUCAUUAAGUCUAUUCUACUCGUUUUUACCUAUUUUUUUCUUACCUUUCUUACUUUUUUUCUUACCUCCAUUAUUUCUUUGUAGCUGUAUCGUCCCUUGUAACUCAUUUUUUGUAACUUUGUACCAUUUUGUCGUCUUUAAUUAAGUACCAUAUAUACUCUCCUCUGUACCAUUUUCCUGUAUAUUUACAUCCAUUUCUAUUGUCUUAGCAACUUUUCUCUGGUCCCCUUUUAGCCAUUUCAAGUUUCCUCUCAUUAUGCCCUUUUUUUAUGUUACUCUUUAUUACAUCUUUGAUCUUUCCUCUUUUGGUCUCAAGGAUUACGAACAUUCACACUGCCUUCGAUCUGAAACCUUCCGUUCACACACAAAUACAGAAAUAUAUAGAUAUAUAGAUAUAUAGAUGAAAAUAGAUAACUAUGUGAAUAAAAAGAUAAGUAGAUAGACAGACCGAAAUGUGUAUAAGCAGAUACAUAGAUGUUGAGUAAUUGACAGCAAAGUAGUUGGAACAGCUUUCCUUCUACUGUAUUUAGUCCUCCCUACAACUUGAACCUUUUCAAGAGGGAAUUAUUUCGACAUCUCUGGAAAUAAAUCGAUGAUGUCAUUGUUUU